AAAACAAUUCUCAUCAUCUUUAACACUCUCAAGUCUCAACAAAUUAAAUCACCAGUCUAUUAAUCAUGGCCGACCGUCACACACACGGCCACCUUCACACUCACCCACACCAACGUCCUCAUGAAGGUGGUGGCAUGAUGAAAAGACUUGUUCCUUCAAAAGGUCCUUCAGCUACACAAAUAUUAGCUAUUGUAACUCUACUUCCUGUUGGUGGGACCCUUUUUUGCCUUGCUGGCCUUACCCUUAUUGGGACUUUAAUUGGGCUUGCUGUUGCAACACCAGUGUUUCUCCUCUUCAGCCCAGUCAUUGUACCUGCUAUUCUCACUGUUGGGCUUGCUGUCGCUGGUUUCUUGACUUCCGGUGCUUUUGUUGUUACUGGGCUGUCAUCUCUCUCUUGGAUCCUCAAUUAUCUCAAACAAGGUAAAUCGAUCCCGGGAAAUUUAGAUGCGACAAAGAGGCGCAUGGCGGAUGCUGCUGCACACCUAGGGCAAAAGACAAAGGAUGUGGGACAAACAAUCCAGAGCGAAGCACAAGAAGGGAAAGAAGGAGGCAGGCCAAGGUUUCACCCUUUUUGACCUUCUCAACUUCUCUAUGCUCCACAUAAGUAGGAGUUAAGAAGAAGCUUUUAUCCAUGUUGAUUUCUUGGCCAGACACAAAUUUAAGUUUAGGACUAUGCUAAGAUGGAAAUAAGAGAUGUUGAAUGUGCAUUUUAAUUUUUGCUUGCUCUCUUGAGAUUUCUAGUGUUUUGUGCUUGAUAUAUGUGAUGUGAUGUGAUGUAUACUUUGGCUUUUUGCUUCA